GAGCCAAAAUCUCGAAGAUUGAAUAAUCACGUUCAGAGAAGAAAAUACUUAAGGGCUAAUAUAAAGUUCAAAAAAAAAAAUAAUAAAACGGAUAAUAAUAAUUAAUAAAAUUAAACAGGGAACGGGAGUAAACGACAAAAUUAACUUUGUGAAGGUGAUCUUAUAAGGUAUUUUUCAUUUUUUAGGCGUUUUUUUUUUCUGUCUUUUUGCAAUCAAAACGUUUUUGACGCGUCUACAAAUGAUAAGCGCGAGAUCGAGAGCGCAGAAUUGAAGUGGUAAAGGAAGUUUAGAUUAAUUUUCACCAUGGGCUCCUGAUUUCACCAGGAGCCAUAAUGGGGGACUUCUGCUAGUUUCACAGAAAAUUUGAAUACCGGUAUGUCCUAAGCGGGUUUUCACCAAAAUUCUCGGAAAAUAAAAAAAUCCUUUUCACAUGUAACAAAAGAUGGAGAUAUUUUUCAAGCGAGAUUUAUCUUGUUCGACAUCUUUGCUAUUUCUUUGCUUCUUUUUUUUUCGCAAGAAGCAAGAGCUUAACCACCGCACCACCGUCACUGAAGACUGAUGCAGAGAAACGGACCGCAUUGGCUUUCACAGUUAUGCUGUUUAUUACGUAAUGAGGGGUAUAUUCCCAUUUCACAGAAAUUUUUUUAGAAAAAUCGUGGUUCCGGGCUAUUUCCGAAAUCACGAUUGAUGAGAAAAAUCAACUCAUUUCACUUUUUACGGAAAAAAGGCCACUCUGUCGCGCAUCACGAAAAUACCCCUGCUUUACCACCCUGACACGCGCGCACUAAUUACGAUGUCUUUGGUGACUUCACAGUGGUUUCCAGUUCACGUCACUACACUGAUUGUGUGUGUGAACUUCAGUGUGUGAGAUUGUAUCGACCACAUAGUACGGAAAGCAUCGCGAACUAAAAUGGAUGCAAAAAUGAUCGACAAGCUUCCGGAGUCAAUCUUGCUCGAUAUUUUCCAUUGGUGCGCUUUUAAAGAUCUUGGACAUGUCGCGAUGGUGUGCAAAAAAUGGCGACGCAUCGCGUACGAUCAUUCCCUUUGGAGAGAUGCAGAUUUGCGCGGCUUGAAUCUAACUGAAAGAACCUUAGUUCUGAUCGAUCGAAUAUCUUCAUUCGUUUUCACGAUAAAUAUCAGUGGAUGUGCAGUCACCGUUUCGUUUAUCACGGCUAUAGCUGAGAAAUGCAUCAACUUGAAAACUUUGAGUUUACAAGGCGCGCAAUUUACAGACUACACAAACGGCUUUCGCCUAAACUGUGAUUCCUUUAAGAACCUUGAAAAUCUUGAUCUCCGAUUUGUUUAUGGUGAAGAGUCCAAAAUUUUCAUCACAUUUCUCAGCCAAAUCAGAAACAUUCAAUGCCUUGGCAUCGAUAGCGUUGGUACAACGGGAGAGUUAGAAAGGAUUUUUGUCACACAGCGCAAUUUGCGCAUAGUUCAUUGUCAAAAUUGCGUUUCCUUCACUGAUAUACACGUCGACAUCUUGGCGAGCUGCUGUCCUAAGCUUGAAUCGCUGUGCCUGACGGGAUGUAUCUAUGUCACAGGUUCGUCGUUCCCGCGUCUUAUCGCUGAAUGCAAACAUCUGCAAACUCUGUUACUGAGCUGCACCAGGGUGCGGAAUAAUAGCAUUAUGCGCACGGAUUGGAGUCAAGUCAGCUUAACUGAACUCGAUAUUUCAUAUUGUUAUGGAAUAGGCGAGACUGGUCUGAUGGAAAUGCUGCCGAAGUUAACACAACUGAGAUAUCUACAGUUGUCGUUUUGCGGUUGGGGAAGAGCUCUCAGCGACGAGGUUAUGAAAGCCAUGUCGCAGUCUUGCUAUCAAAAGUUAGACUCUCUCGACAUACACAGUAGCUUCAACAUUACUGGUGAUACGCUCUGUAAGUUUGUUAGACGGUGUCCAAGAUUAACGACUCUCUGUGUUGGAAGUGCUAUUGCUUCCAACGAAGAGCUAGAAGCAUUGCUAAAAGGUCUGCACAAUUUAAAGCAUUUUUAUAUCACAAAACAAGCCACAAUUAAAACGGAAACUGUGUUUACUUACGUUAAAAAGUUCUGCCAUCGCAUCGAAACCCUGGCGUUGUACAACUUUUACGCUAUCACAAGGCAUCGAGUUGAGGAAGCACUCAUCGAACUGGUGGAAGCCUGCAAGUUUCUGAAAGUUCUUUGCAUUCGGGGAACAAAUGUACCUUUAAGAACCGAACUUGCACACAUGGCCAACAAAGUCAAGAACUGUGCAAAGAGAAAUGACAUUGAAAUAUCAAGAAGGCCUCAUUUUUUGUUAUCUGGAGCGAAGCUAUGCUUGGAUAGUGUGGUUAAAAAUACAAUUUUCCCAACGUGAAAAUUAGAGGACUAUUUUCGCAGUUCUCAUGUGAUUUACCGAAGCUGUAACGGUGGGUGUUGUAAUGAAGAUAAAUCGCCGACAAUUGUGUAGUCCGGAAAAACCGGAUAUUAACAAGGAUCUACGCAACAAGCUCGUGCUUCCAGCCUCCAAGUCCAUCGAUCCGUGAGUGACUGCUGAAAUCUGCUUUGACAGUAACUGACUGAACUAUAUACUGAAGUGAAAGUUCCAAUGAUAUUUAAUUUGUCAUAGCCAGUGACAGAAUGUAUGCAAUUAAAUUCGUUUAUUCAUUAUUAUCUAUUAGUUAUUUUUAUUUUGUCUCUGCCUUUUUUUCUGUUACUAGAUACACUUCUCAGAUAUUGUUACAUAACCUUUACCCAAUGCUAGCUAGGUUAAGGGAUUUUACAAGAGCGCGCACAGUAAGCAACCUCGUACAUGUAGAAAGCUAGUUUAUA